UUCAAUUUUUGUCUUAACCUCAAAUUCUUAUACGGCCUUUAGCAUCGGGAAAGUUAAUUUGGUGAGCAAAGCUCUGGCCUUGAAUGUUAUCCAGCAUCCCUCGACUGUAUUGAUGUGUGUGGUUUCUCACAGUGUGGGGUGAAUGGGCAAGCUCUACCUUUCGAAUCACAAUCACAAAGCUUCAACGGACUCGGGGUUGACACCUGCGUCCAGCGUCCAUUCAACUCCAGGUAGUGGCCGGUCUCUUGAUGGAAUAUUUUUUCCAAGUCUUUUGUUUCCACUACCCCAGGAAUACUAAAACAAACACCUCCGACGAGUUAUUUUUGGCUCAUUGCCACAGUCUUUGGGUGUGCGUUUAAAGUAACAACAUGGGCGAUAUGACUGAUGUGUUGUAUAAAAGCGCUCUGUGACCAGCAUGACAUAAGAUAUAGGUGAGGGGUGACGGUUGGUAUCAUGCUUAUAAACCCUCACGCCGCAUUUGCUCGAUUUGUCGCCACGGCUCGGCAUCUGUAGGCUUUGAUGUAUUUAGAUGUAUUAAUUUAUUCCCCAUGUUCCUGCCAGUCCUACAUAAUGGGGUCCUGUUCUCGUUUAAUGGGCCUUACAAAAUUCAUAAGGUAAUUACUGUGAGUGAUUGGAUUAGGUUAAAGCACAAAUGUGACUUUGUACUUGCGAAAGCUAGUUUAUGGGGAAAGUGUCUGGCUUUUUUGGGUCAAAUUAUAUGGGAAAUGAUUUACAUAAAAUAAUCAAGCGUCGACUGUUAAAACAGUUUGAUUUAUUCUAAUGGAGACACUUCUCUUGUGUGAAUUCAGAUUGAAACAGUGAGCUUUUUGGGGGUAAAUCUGGCACUGAAAGGAAGGAUUUAUCCUGUGUGUCUGAGAGAUUUGAUUCUGGUGGUACAAAGACUGUAGCCUUUGAUCCAAUUACGAUGUAUGUAUAUCCCGGGUCACUUCCUGUCCCACAGUCGUAGCCUAAGGAGUGGGGCCGCAAUCACGACUCUGUCCAAUUAUUGAGUUGGUGCCCUAAAGCCAAUCUUUCUUUCCGUAUCCGUGACCGUGUGUGUGUAUGUCUGUGUGCUUGUGUAACCGUUCGGCCUGGGCUAAUGUUUCAGAGCUGUUUGAGAAGGGUCACCAGCUGUGUUUCAAACAUCUGUUCCUCAUAGAAGCAGCCAUGGAUCCCAUUUCCUCGAUCCCUGUCAUGUUUAGAGAGAGAGAUUAAGCUUUGUGCCGUCUACUGAGGGUCUCCUCCUCUCUUUGACUCAUCUUCACCGCCUGCUUAGCUGCAAAUCAAACGAAACUGUCUGAGCCAUUGGUUGACGUUGAUGGACAGGGGUUUGAGAGGUGCAGUGUUUUUCAUUUGACAUGCUUUUGUGGAAACGGGGGUUUGCUCAUUUAUUCCGAUUUUUAAUUGGAAUUUAUAUACGAGUAUCCAAAAAAAAAAUAGUAAUUGGAAAAAGACUCAAUUUGUAUAUAAAACCUGUUAAACUAUACACAUCUUUGGAUCCAAAAUAUGAAUUAGCUUAAAACCUGCCAGAACAAUCGCAUUCCCGAUAUGUAAAUUCUUGAUUCUUUUCACAGAUGCAUUUUCAAACAAAUCGGAUGUCUGUUUUGAGUUCUCCACGCGUCUGACUAAUGAGCUAGUUGAGAAAUGUGACUUCAGCCUCUUAUAGAAGCAGCUGUGGAGUCUAUUACCAGAAAUAAUGUUUAAACACAUGUUUCAGAAAAACCUGUAGAUCAUUCUUUGUUUGAGUCAAUGUAUAUUUUCUCACGUCUUAGUGAAAUGUCAGUCUUUCCUAUUAGAUUACAGCAUCUAGAAGAUUUUAGUAGGGCAAUUUGUGCAUUUGUAAAAAAGAAAUUAGAAAUAGUCAAUCAAGUGCAUUUGAAAGUAAACAAUGUUUUUGUUUGAACAACAGAGGGCAGUCACUCCACCUGAGUGCCUUUAAAUCAGAUGCGCCUUUUAGAAAUCUUAAUUAUAAAAUUAAAAAAUCUGAAAUGCAUGUCAUUAAUGGUAAUGCAAUUUAUAUUGCCUCAUGCAUUUUGUCUUUGUAUGGCCACUGGUAUUUUCCUGUUCUUUUAGAAAUUAUAGCUACUAAAGUAUUAACAUUUAUUAGACAUUACGCCAUGGUAUCCUUACCAUGUUCAUCUGUAUAAGAAUAUGGCAGUCAUACAGCACCUAAUCUCAUCACUGUACCACCAUAGUUCUUUUUAAUAAACUGAUAUAUGAAAUAUAGGAUAUGAAAUUGAUUUUAAUACAAAAAUGAAAGUGCUUACUUAUAAAUCUCAUCAUAUUUUGUAGGCUUGGGUGUAUUUAUUUCUUCUGUAGUAACUGGCUAGUGCUACUGUACAAAAUGUGGUUCUGUUUUUGUUGAAUAUGAUAAGAUGGGAUAGUUAAUACUUUCUUUUAUUUUGCAUGUAAUCUGAAUAGUAUAAACCAUCUAAUGCGAAUCUUGAUCCUGCAUGAAAAGACAACUCCAUAAUUCAGAGGAGGAGGGGGUAGAGUGAACGGGGCGGGCAUUGGGACCCCGUGGCCUCCUCAGCAUCGAGGUUUCCUCUGUGUGCGCGAGUGUGAUUGAGCUCUUCCCUGCUGGACACAUUCAGAUCCCAGUAUCAGCCGGACGGUACACAUCAACGCCCUCUCUAUCCCUCUGUCUGUGGAUUUGGACUUUUUAUACUGAGCUUCAGCAGGGACAACAAACUUUUCACAUUUAUAUUACAAACAGUCCUGAUAAUUUUUUUCUCUGAUUUUUUUGGAUUCUUUAUUUUUGUUUUGAUGAUCACUUUUAAUACAUGGAGAUUAUCUGACCAUAUCGUAAGUGUUUCUCAAAUGUACUUAGUUCUUAAGAAGAAUCUCCAUCAGAUUAUCAUCGGUGGAUAUAUAAAUGAAUGAGCUGUCAGAGAUGCUGGUGUCCAGGGAUUAUUGCGCGCUCAUGAUGCGGGAUCGGAAGGAAUGCGACGCGCGCUCCGGUGAAGUGGAGCGGGUUCGAACCCGAGAGCGCGUGGACGCGACUGUUGCGGGUCUGACCGAGCUGGAGUAUCUGAGGCAGAGACAGGAGCUGCUGGUCAGGGGUGUGUUGAACUGUCAGGAGGACAAACCUUGCCUUACAGUGGAGGACAGCUAUCUGAACACUGAAGAGAAACUUCUGGAGGAGAAUAUUUUAUUACUCAGAAAACAAUUGAACUGCCUUAGGAGACGAGAUGCAGGUUUGAUCAACCAGCUCCAGGAAUUAGACCGGCAGAUCAGUGACCUGCGGUUGGACACAGAGACUUCGCAUGAACACGUGGAAACGGACAGCCGGCCAAGCUCGGGCUUUUACGACCUAAGCGACGGUGCUUCCGGAUCCCUCUCCAAUUCCUCCAACUCCGUCUUCAGCGAGUGUUUGUCCAGUUGUCGUUCCACCACCUGCCUGUGCACCCCCCUCGACACCUCGCUCUGUGCCUCUGAGGGAAGGCUUAAGCCUGCAGAUGAGCUGGGCAGUUGUGCCGAGUGUGAUUGCCAAUGCGAAGACUCAAGUUCUGGAACAGUCCGCAGGUCUCUUUCUGCAUCUUACUCCCCUUCCCCGGAUGGCUCCUGCGAUGGCCUUUCCAAAUUCCACUCUGAUCUCAUUGCCAAAAACGGUAAUGAUGUUUACCGGUACCCCAGCCCUCUCCAUGCGGUGGCUGUCCAGAGUCCCAUCUACUUCCAGUCCAUGACUAGUCACCUAAAGGACGAUUGUAGCUUCUCCAAGCUUGGUGAACCAUCGAGUGAUGAACCGAAACCUGAGCAGGUCAUAGGCACCCAGAAUUCAUCUUGGCAUGCCUCUCAGGUGCUCCCAAACAAAAAACUGGAUAGUUAUAUCUUUGGGCUACUUCAGAGGAGGGCACAACCAUUGAGGACCUGCAAACCCAGAACAAGCAUCAACACUGACCCCUCCAAGAGCAUUUUGAGGCAGGCUAGUCUUUGCUCACGGGCCCCUGCUUCUGCCCAGGCCCAACAUAGGACCUCUGACCUCAAGCCUAACUGGCAGACAUGUUUACAAGAUGCAUCAGCAACUAGCACUGAGCCAAGCACAGCUUCGCCCCAAAGACAGUGGUCUUCUGAGUCUCCAAGUCAGCCACAGAACGGUUACUCAAUCACCAAUGAUAAUAACACUAGUUGCCUCUUGAAGAAAAACGUUUUUGGAGCCAGUAAAGGGCAGCCUUUAAGUGUUGCAUCGAAGGACUGCCAGGAUUUAGACAGCCCUAAUGCAGUUUCCUCUCCCAAACUCAACAAGCAUUCUUAUUACACUGUGGAGGACAAUAAAUCAGGACAAGCAAUGAAAGCAAGUCCUCUUAAGAGGAGUCCUAAAGCUCAGGCUCCAGGAAGUUGUGGUGAAGACGCCGAGCAGCUGGCUCCAGAGUUGCUCAGUCUCGGUUCUUCUUCGCAAAGCCAAGACGAGGGAGGUCAAAUGGUCAGUGCCCAGUACAUCGCUGCUCAAAAACAGAAUGUAAAUCUAUGUAAGGGUGGCACCAAGAACAUCAAGAUUGUCAAAGUGAAAAAUUCCACCAGUGCAAAAAGUAGACCUCAUGUGUCCAAGCAUGUUUCCGAGAGUGGUCGUGACAAGCAUCGGACGGGAUCUAGGAGGUCUCGACAAGUGGACGACGUCCACCACUUGCAUAAAUCCUACAAGAAGUCCUCCUCAAAAGCCAAGAGAAUCCCUGCCCCCAUCCCUGAAGAACGAAUCCUGGAGAAGCACACCAGUUCCACUGGGGGUCGAUCUUCUUCCCAGAGACACCAUGGACAUCACCGACAUCACGAGGCCGUGUUGGCCAAACCCAAGUACAAGCGCAACGACUACCAUCGGCGACCCAGGGGUCUCCAUGAGAUCCCGUACGAGGAGGCUUACAGGAGGGCUCACUACAGGCAGAAACGAGAAAUGUUGGGCCACAUGUCUGCCAUGCACCUGCCGUCCAACGCACACUACCCCAGCCCCUACGCUUACGUUGGCAGUGACUCUGAAUAUUCAGCGGAGUGCGCCUCUCUCUUCCAUUCCACCAUUCUGGACACAAGCGAGGAUGAGCGCAGUAACUAUACCACCAACUGUUUUGGGGACAGCGAGUCGAGCGCUAGCGAGGCGGACUAUGUAGCUGAGAGCAGCACUAGCAGUGACUCCGAGGGCAGUGCAGGGGUCAAUUGGCCCCAGUUCAAGCAGGCAGGUGCAGGAUCCCACGGAAUGACGUCAGCACAGGCUAAGGCGUUUGUCAAAAUCAAGGCUUCCCACAAUUUGAAGAAGAAGAUCUUACGUUUCCGAUCAGGCUCGUUAAAACUCAUGACCACAGUGUGAGAGACUUGAGGGACCCAGAGAUCAGUUAGGAUGCAGCCAAUCAAAUUGGCUUCACUCCCUUAUCAAACAAUCAAGUGCCUAGACAGAAAUCAUCUGCACGGCCUAAAACUGCCUGUCUCGAACGAGGGAACUCGACUUCUGUCCAGCACAACGCCUUCCCCUGCACUUUUCACGCCUUUGAUGUCAUUGUCUGUAGCCUUUUUGUUUUGUAUUUAUUAUAAGUUCAGCUUUUGCUGUGACGCAUCUACAUAGCAAGUACUAUGUAAAUGCUCUGUUCAUACAUGGUUUACUUUACUAAAGAUAUUUAUAACUUAAUAUAUUUGGUUAGCCAUACAUGGAAAAGAACAGGAAGUAUGACUGAACUGAAGCAGUGGAUUACAGACGGUCUGUCUGAGAAAUGUUCACCAAGCCUAGUUCACCUGCUGAUCAUUAAGGGCUUUUGUUAAAUGCACAUUAAAUAUGCAUGAGCAACAGCUUUACCAUUUUCCUUAUUAGCUGUAAAUUCCCCUUUUGUAAAAUAAAUGUUAAUGUAUGUCGAUUUCUUGAGUCUUUCUUUAUUAAAUCCCAUGGUUAAAAUCA